CUCCAUAACCAUCAGAACCAGAGGAUAAGGUUUCCUCCAUUUCUUCCACCAUGUUAUCUUUAACUGUAAAUUCCCCCAAGCCUACCUCUAAUUUCCUCAAUUCCUCCUUUCUCUCCUCCCCAAUUCCUUUGCCUUCCCACCAUAUCAACAGACCCACCAAAUUCCUACCAAAAUCUAUCUCAGCCACCAUUAUCCCCUCCUCAAAUCCAACGCCGCAGCAAAAACUCUACCAGCCCUUCCGUCCACCACCAUCCCAAUCCCCAAUUCCACCUCAAUUUCGUAACCUCGACACAGCAGGCCGCCUUGAUGUUCUUACCAAUCGUCUAGGUCAGUGGUAUGAGUACGCCCCUCUCAUCCCUACUCUCAUUCGGGAAGGAUUUGCUCCACCCACCAUAGAAGAACUAACUGGCAUCACUGGUGUUGACCAGAAUCGACUCGUUGUAGCUGCUCAGGUUCGUGAUACAUUGGUUCAAUCGGGUGUUGAGGCGGAAACCCUCGAGUUUUUCGACAAGGGUGGUGCAGAAUUGUUAUAUGAGAUCAGGUUGUUGAGUAUUAACCAGCGUGCAGCGGCAGCCAGGUACAUGCUUGAAAAUAAGUUUGAACCGAGCGAUGCGCAGGAACUUGCUAGGUCAAUCAAGGAUUUCCCUCGUCGACGCGGCGAUCGUGGGUGGGAUUGCUUUGAUUACACGAUUCCAGCGGAUUGUUUGGCAUUUAUGUACUAUAGACAGGCGCUCGAAAACCGGGAAUCAGAAUUGCGGACGUCCGCAUUGGAAAAGGCAUUGGCCGUGGCUGUUUCUGAGCGAGCAAGAGAGUGGGUGACAAAGGAAUUGGAUGGAAAUGACGAGACUGCAGAAGGGGAGGGAAGAGGUGGAGGUGUUGUUGAUGGGGUGAAAGUUCCGGUGGUGAGGUUGCAUCUUGGGGAGAUUGCGGAGGCCACGGUGGUGGCCGUUUUACCGGUUUGUGGGGCGGAGGAGAGGGAGAAGGGGGUGGAAGCAGCACCUUGGGAAAGUAGGUGUAAAGGGGAUUUUGGUAUAGUGGAGGCAGAGAAAGAUUGGAGGAGAUGGGUGGUGUUGCCUGCGUGGGAGCCGGUGGUACGGAUGAAAAGAGGCGGAGUAGUGGUGGCAUUUGCUGAUGCAAGAGCUUUGCCAUGGAGGGUGAACAGGUGGUAUAAGGAAGAAGCUAUCUUGGUGGUGGCUGAUAGAGGUAGCAAAGAGGUGGUGGCUGAUGAUGGGUUCUAUUUAGUAGUGAGUGAAGAUGAGUUGAAGGUGGAAAGAGGAUUGGCAUUGAAAGAGAAGGGUGUUAAAGAAAGUCUAGGAAAUGUGGUUAUAGUUGUUAGGCCACCAAGAGAUGAUAAUGAGAAUGAGUUGGCUGAUGAGGAUUGGGAAUGAAACAGCAAGGAAAGGAAUUGAUGAUUUUGAAGUGGUUGGAUUGUUGUCAUCCCCUUGAGGUUAGUGAGUGAAAUAUACACCUCUGUUGUACAACUGAGUCAUGUUGUAUGGUCUUAUUUUUCUGUAAUAUGAAUAGCUGAAAAGUGGAAAGUGAUUAGCAAUAAAAGCUUUUUUUGAUCAGCUCUAAAUUAAGCUGUA